AUGCCUAGUCUAACAUUCAGUCAGGAAUCCUUCGAUGAGAAGCUACCAUCUUCGUUGAGCAAAAGAGUUUCAAGACCCGAUUUGAAAACCACUAAACUCAAACAUCUUUCAAUAGAGAGCUCAGAAGAGCAGGAUACAAAAUUACUUGAUUUAAUCAACAAGCAAAUAAGCAGAUCAAGAAAGAUUUUAGUGCUAACAGGGGCAGGAAUUUCGUGCAAUGCAGGCAUUCCGGAUUUUAGGUCUUCAAACGGUCUGUACGACCUCGUAAAGCAAGAGUAUCCAGAUGUCUCCAUCAGAUCAGGACAAGAAAUGUUCGAUAUCUCGCUUUUCAGAGAAGAAGAGAAGAUCUCUGUAUUUGCUACAUUUAUGGAGAAACUUUACAGCAGUACGAGACUCGCACAGCCUACCAGAACACAUCGCUUUAUUGCGCACUUGAAGAAUAGGGGCAAACUGCUUCGCUGUUACACACAAAAUAUUGAUGGAUUAGAAGAACACUUGGGGCUUGAAAUAUCGUCUUGUAGGAAAGAAGAAUCCACAGUUUACAAUCAAUGGAAAUCACUUGAUGUUGUACAGUUGCACGGAGAUCUCAAUAAACUGAGUUGCACACAAUGUUUCGAAGUAUAUCCUUGGAGCAGACUAUUAUCUAGAUACCUUCGAAAUGGGGAGCUCCCUUCAUGCCCCCGCUGUCAUCAGACCAAUAUACAGCGGAGUAUGCUGGGAAAAAGAAAUUCGGGAAGUAUUGGUUUACUAAGACCAAAUAUUGUACUUUAUGGAGAGAACCAUCCAAGCUGUGAGUUUAUUGCACAAGGAUUAAAUAUAGAUAUUGGUCGUGGUAAGCCCGAUUUAUUUUUCAUCAUGGGUACCAGCCUAAAAGUUGACGGGGUGAAGAAACUAGUAAGAAACAUAAGCAAGCAAGUUCACGAACGAGGAGGAUUAGUAAUUUUAAUCAACAAGACGAAAAUCGGAGACUGUAAUUGGCAUGGAAUAAUAGACUACCAAAUGGCUUGUGAUUGUGAUGAUUGGGUGGAAUAUCUAAAACAACAACUACCAGAUUUCUUUAAGACACAACAGGAGAUAGAUAAAAUUCGACAAUUAAAAAGACAAAAUAGCGAGUUGCGUAAAAGACAGAAAGAGGAAAGGAAGUUGACGCCUCCAAGUACACCACGAAAGGCCAACAUGGACAACACUCUAAAACAUUCACAGAAGAGGUUCAAAAAAGACGAGAGCAUACCCGGCAUUUCAACUGUAAAGCUUUCUCCCGACAGCUGCGAUUAUAUUGAGAGUUCAAGUUUGUUGGCAAAAUUGAAUAAAGAUGAAGAAGCAACAAUCAUAGUCCAGAAGCGUAUUCCCUUCGAGACAGUUGGCAGAACUCCUUUGCAAACGCCUCCUUUCCUUGCUCGUGAGAGGGAAAUUAGCUCAGGUAGUUUCACAGACAUAACAGAAGACGAAGUACCGACAGACAUUGAUGAAGAUGUUCCAUUGUCGUUCUAUCGUCCUUGUCAUAACACACGCAUAUCCACUAAAGUAAUUUGA